CCUCGAGCUGCUCCUCUUUGCGGAACGACCGCAGCGGCACGGCGAGCUCCCACGCAGCGGCCAGGGCGGAGAUCGAGCUCCCCUGUGGCGGCUCUUGCCCGGACGGCGGCCGCACAACGCUUGCUCCCACACUCUCCCAUCGCAGCGACCUACGAGCUCCACCCGCCGCUUUGAUUCGUCGCCGCCACCGCAUCAAUCUCGCCCAUACAUCAGCCACAUCAAGGUCGCCCCUGCCUUCUCCCACAGCUACGACCUGCGAGCUCACCCAAUUGCUUCGAUUUGCUGCCGCCGCAUCGAGCUCGCCUGUUGGAAUCACGCUGCUCCGCCCCGUGCCGUUCGCCGCAGGCCUCCCGCCGCCGCCCAGCGUCCCUCCUCCAGCGUGCUGCUCGCCGUCGUCCCGGAGGCUGCGCACUGCCAUGGGCAAGCAAGCAGUGCCGCGCACCCCCUGUCCAAUGCGACAGCUUGGGGACGCUAGGAUCGGGGCGGUACCUCGGGGGAGUGAGGUGCGGCGGCGCAUGGAGCACACUGGCCAAGGACGGGGGUGGCGGCGCAGCACUGGGAGCUCGACCCCGCGUCCGAACCGCCGUCCCGCCGAUCCUCCCCAUCCCCGUCAUGGGCUGCGCCGGCAGCUGCCGCCGACGGAGCCGCCGCUGCCUCAUCACGGUCUCCCGCCGAAGAUGCGCCGGCGCCGCUAGCCCGCCGCUACCCACGGGUCCCACCGGAGAUGUUGUUGGUGAUGGAUGGGAGAAAGUCAGAAAGGUGAGGCCGAGAGCGAAGGCAGGGAGAAGAUGGUGAAUCUGACGAGUGGGAUCCACAUGUCAGACCACGUCAACACACACCCAGCAUGCCACACAGGCAUUUUAGUGCGGGCAUUGAACCAAUUAGCAAAUUUUGAAGAACCAAUUAGCAGAUUUAGGAGUUGAAGAACCAAUUAGCAGAUUUAGGGAGUUGAAUGUGCAUUUUGGAAGUUUGGAGAGCAAAUUUAGGGAGUUGAAUGUGCAUUUUGGAAGUUUGGAGAGGCAAAUGAUACUCGCUUCCAAGGUCAAGCACCGGCCGUACAUUUUACUCAAAAAAUUGGCAAGAACGAGAGCAAUUCGCCUCCCCCUCUAUGGGCGCACCGCCGGAGCCGGAGCCGCCGGCGGUGGCGGCGGCGAGGAAGCUGCACCACCUCCUCCGCUCCCGCGACCUCCGCCCGGCGCUCUCCUACUUCCGCACCCUCCCUUCCCCGCUCACCCUCCUCCCCACCCACGCCCUCAACGCCCUCCUCCGCGCACUCGCCGCCGCCGGCCGCGUCCGCGCCGCCACCUCACUCUUCCGCUCCAUCCCCGCCCCCACCCCACACUCCUUCAACUCCCUCCUCGCCGCGCUCCUCCGACGAGGCCGCCGCCGCGCCGCCUCCGCGCUGCUCGCGGCGUUCCUCCGCUCCCCCGACGCCUCGCCCGACGUGACUACCCUCAACACCCUCCUCCAUGGGCUUUCCACUGCCUCCCCGCGCCCGUCGGCCCACACGCUCCUCAAGCUCUUCCGCUUCUUGCCGGAGACCUACGCCUUCGCCCCCGACGCCAUCACGUACAAUUCUCUGCUAUCUGCUCUGUGCCGCGGGGGCGACCUGGCCACCGCGCGCAAGCUGUUCGACGGAAUGCACGUGAGCGAAGAAGACAGCAAAAGUGGCGCCUUCGCUAACGUUGUCACCUACACAACCAUGAUCAGGGCGUACUGUGCAAAGGGGCUUGCCGACGAGGCACUUGCGCUCUUCAAGGUGAUGGUCGCAAAUGGCGUGCCGCCAAACAGGGUCACCUUCAACACGAUGGUGCAGGGCUUCUGUGAGGCUGGAAGGAUGGAGCUAGUGAAGGAAGUGUUCGAGAUGGAGUCGUUUAAGCCGGACACAUGCACAUUCAACACGCUGAUGGCUGCACACUACAGUGAAGGGCGGUUUGAGGAUGCAAUGAAGGUGUUUGAUCAAAUGACAGAACUACACGUGAGACGAGACUCUGCAAGCUAUAGCAUGGUGAUCCGGGCAUUGUGUGAGAGUCGUGAGUUUGGUCGGGCUGAGGAGCUAGUGGAUGAGAUCUUGGAGGAGGAGUUGCUCAAGAAAAGAGGUGGUUCUGUACCACUUAUCGCAGCGUACAACCCAGUUUUUGUGUACUUUUGUGAGAAUGGAAAAGCUAAAAAGGCCAGGAUCCUGUUCGGGCAGUUGCUAGAUAGGAGGAGCAAGGUUGAUUUCCAAGCAUUCAAGACGCUGAUCCUAGGACAUUGUAAGGAGGGCAAUUUUGAAGAAGCUUACGAGCUGGUGCUCUCAAUGUUGAAGAGGGAUCUUAUCCCUGACAACGAGUGCUAUAUUGCUGUAAUAGAUGGCUUUAUGCAGAAGGGAAGGAUGAAAUCUGCUUGGGAAACUCUUCACAGGAUGUUAAAUAGUGGUCUUCGGCCUAGCACAAGUACAUUCCACUCGGUUCUUUUGGGGCUUUUGAAGAAAGAUGGCUGUGCAAAAGAAGCUGCUGAUUUGAUUGAGAUAAUGCUAGAGAGAAAAAUCCGGCAGAAUGUUGAUCUUUCAACUAAUCUGAUUGAUGUAUUGUUCAAAAGUGACCUCAAUGACCGUGCAUACAAGAUUACUAAGCGUCUGUAUGAUAAUGGCUAUUACAUCAAGAUGGAAAAGCUAAUUGAAACACUUUGUGAGGACAAGAAGUUCAUAGAUGCAGCAGAGUUUACUUUGUUUAGCUUGCAGAAGCACCAUGAACUGGGUGUGGCAGUUCACAGUUUGGUUCUGGAUGGCCUUUCCAUGGACGGUAAAGCUUCAGAGGCAUUCCGGCUUUUCUAUGAGCUAAUUGAGAAUGGAAGCACUUCUGCUGUUGCUGCACCUCGCAGCGUAAUCUUGCUUCAUCAUGCACUCGAGGAAGCUGGAAAGAUGAAAGAAGCUGAUUUUGUUGGUAAACAGAUGAGUCGUGCCACUGCCAGAAUUAGGCAAAGGAGCUAAGGAUUUACUCAAUGUUGUUCCAAGAAACCUUGCAAACUCUUUGCAGCUUCAGUGCAGUGUGGUCUGGAAGAGAGAGAAUGCUGAAACUCAAUAUCAAGUUGGUUACCUGAUCAGCUGACUGGCAAGGAACGGAUGGUCAUUCAUCAAGGGUUGUCAGAUGAUGCUACACUUUAUUAAAGGAUCCACAAAAUGAUUUGAUUUUCCUGAAAUCGCCCAUAGCAUCAGAUAAUUCAGAUUACACGAGCCCAUCUGAUGGUCACUCCUAAAGAGACACUAAACCCUGUAUUUCCUGACACCGUAUUCCUGGUUAAAGGAAGUGCAGGUGAGACAAAUAGGGCUGCUGAUGCUUCUCCAAGUACAAAAAGAAGAGGAUGUGUGAACAAUACUCUGUCAUGAUAUUUACUGAGCAGUGAUCCAGCAUCUCCCAGUGUGUUGUGUGCAUGCAUAAAAUUUUCAUCUUCCGAAAAUGGAGCUGCUCUUCUCAUCUAUGGAGUCAAAUACCAAAUACCUUGGGAAGUCAUCGUGUUUGGAAGUGAAAGACCCUGUGAAUGCUGAGCACUUGAUCGCCAUGAUGCUGUACCCCAAGUUAUGAAGGUGCUGAGGGUCCAUGUCCGAGACUCAUUUCCAGAUAGAGAGGUGGAGUCACUUGAGCAGUUGGGCGGGAAGCUUCAGAAUCUGAGCGACAAGUUCUUUGGCCAGCACAGGAGUCUUGUCGUUGCCUUCUAGUUGCGUGGUGAGGAAAAAAAUGACGUGAAUCUCAGAAUUUGGCUGUCUUGCUAUAAAAAUGUUGCUGCCCCACCUCUGAAGAAACAAGUUGCAGUUCGGACCUCGAUUCAUGUUUUGCAUUCGAUCAGACGCAUUGUUGUACUAUUUCCGACUAUUUAUAAAGAGAAAAGGUGCAAGCUCGACCAGCAGUUCAAAUGUACAGAAGUAGUAUUAAAUAUGGGCCUACCAUAAUAAGUAAUAACUAUUACCUAUCAGUGACAUUAAUAAAAAAUAAUUGAAAAUGCCCA